GCCUGAUCUUGCUGUAUUCACCUGCUCAUUUUUCAGCCUCACGAAACCUGGGACUGCAAAUGAAAGUUUGCUAAUGGUAGAUAACUUUGUGGAAUAAAGACCCUGACCCUGCUAUUAGUGGUCUAAGACAUAUUGCGGGUUGCUUCUGAGAAAGGCUCUCUGCUGCUUUCAGCCAAUCAGCAGGAGCCUUCAAAGUGGCGUCCCCGCCUGCCCCCUGUGCGAUGCCGGGGAGUGACACGUGGCCAGGUGGCGUUGCCAUGGAAUCGAUGACCAGUAUGGACAGUGCAGGAAGCUGCGACAGUGUUGUCAGCGUUAACUCUGUCUCUAGUGAUGAUAGUCUGGAGUACCUCUCGCCUGAGGAGCGGGCAUGCCUGAUGUUCCUGGAGGAGACCAUAGAGUCCCUGGAGGCCGAGGAGGACAGCGGCCUUUCCACCGAUGAGCCGGAGGACCGUCUUCCUGUGCUUGGCAGCUUGGGCUCGAAGAUGGACCACCAGACAGACGGCCCGAGCAGGAUGGAAGAUGUGUCAAUGUAUUCUUACAAUGACCCCAUGAUGGAGACAGUCAAGGACCACAAACCCAGCUACCUAGUCCCCACUCCCCUGGUUCUGCCCAAAGCUGGGGUAGAUGUGGGAGCAGACAUUGACCGCUUACUAGCCACCUCCACCUACCUGACCGACCUUCCACCAGACAAGGUUGACCUGGUCCACCAGCCCAUUAACAUCAGCCCGGACAUUGACCCGUGCCAGGGGAUCCCCUUUGAAGGUAACCUGCUGGUGAUCCCUCCUCCAACAGACUUCAGGGAUGAGCCAGAUGCUCAGGUGGACCUCUCUGAAGGCAGCACACCGACGCCUAGGCCAAUGUCCCAGUCAGAUAUUGUGCAGCAGCUUCUCAAGAGGACCGCGUCAAAGGACGAGGCUAAGUCACCCACUGCGACUGAUAGUGACCAAUCCUACUACGAAAACAACACUCCUUCUCCUUAUGAGGCUCUGCCUGCAUCCCUUCAUGAAUUUGACGAACCAAAGCACUCCCCACCUGCUGUAGCCCCCAAGCCAAAGCGCCUCCCUUCCAACAUCAUCCUAAAGACCCACAAAGUUUCCAUUUCAAGUCCAGUGUCCAGCCCAGACCCAAUCACUGGCUCCUCCUGUACGUCACCCAAUGAUAGGAUCCUAAUGGACCCCCAGAGGGUGCAUAUGGAGGCCCUCCGAAAACUGGGCCUGCUGAAGGAUGAGGAGGCUGAUUUGAGUCCCACUUUCAGCCCCACCCAGUACUCUCCCAACUUCCGGAGGUCCUGGGAGCCCUCCCCUUCUCCAGCAUGUCCGGUCUCCCCAGACCUGCCCGAGAGUGACCCGCCUCAGACACGGCCUAAAUGCCAGUCCUCGCCCAUCCUGCCCCCAGCCAUGGAGGCCCUGGUGCCCAAAGUCCUUGGAGAGUAUCGAGAGCGCUCGAGGAGUGACCUCCCUGCCUUCACUCACCGAUCCCGCCCCGUUUCCACAGAAAAAUCUGCCACUCUUGAGCGCGGUUCGGGCCUCAGUUACCGGUCCAUGAGCCAGACUUCCACCAGCCCUGGCCAGGAUGAGGACCCACCCAAAACCCCUGUUGAGGACUCCCUCACCCAGCUACGCAACAGCCGGCCUCGCCCAGCCUCCCUGGGAAACGGAAAGGACUUCAGAGCCAUUCAUGGUGACGCUCCACACACAGCUGCCCCUGUCACUGCCAUAGCCAAGUCCCCCGAGGUUGGGGAUAGUAUCAGGCAGAGGAAUGACAGCAGCUCCCAAAAGCUCCCACGCUCCCAGGGCAUCAGUGUGCUGAUCACGCCCCGCAGCAAGUCUGGCGAGGAUCGCCGUGAAGCCCUGCGCAAGCUGGGCCUGCUCAAGGACUGACCCCCCAGCACAGGACAACACCCCCUCCCCAAACUGAGCCCCAGCCAUAUGGACAUCCUGAGAGAUGGGUGUGCUGUGACUCCCUAUCCACAUCGCUACUGCUGGAACUGCCACAGAAGAUCAUUCAUGCAGUGGUUGGAGAGAUAAGAGGACAUACAGUAUGUAAAUGUACAGGAAAAGGUGCCUUUUGCUUUCAUAGCACGCUGACGCUGUCUGUAAGACUGCCUUCAAUGCACGACGCAUACUAUCUGAGAUGUAGAAGAAUGUAAAGUAUGUAUAGCAUUUUCGUCUUUAUAACUACCAUGAAUUUUAGUAUAUUUGUACAAUCAAAUUAUACAUUUAAAAUUUUCUAAAUAAACAGUAUCAAGAAGGAGCAUUGACUCCAUCUUAGU